UUAUAAAUAGUUCAAAGUUGCAGGCUUUUCGUGCCAAUCGUUCUUUUUUCUUUGAACUGUCUAAGCAGCGCCAGCAGCCAGUAGACCGCGUGGGGUUCUUGAAUUUUGUGUUUUAUCACCUGUCUUCGAAUAAAUUCGCAAAAAUUAACAAAAAACGCAAAAUGUCCAAACCUACCUAUAAAGUCGCUGAUAUCAAGUUGGCCGAUUGGGGUCGUAAGGCCAUUAUCAUUGCCGAAAAUGAAAUGCCCGGUUUGAUGGCUUGCCGCAAGAAGUAUGGUCCCUCAAAGGUCUUGAAGGGAGCCCGUAUUGCCGGUUGCUUGCAUAUGACGGUUCAAACAGCAGUUCUCAUUGAAACUUUGGUCGAGUUGGGUGCUGAGGUUCAAUGGUCCAGUUGUAAUAUUUUCAGUACCCAGGAUCAUGCUGCUGCAGCUAUUGCUGCCACUGGUGUACCUGUGUAUGCCUGGAAGGGUGAAACCGAAGAAGAAUAUCAAUGGUGUAUUGAACAAACUUUGGUCUUCCCCGAUGGCCAGCCUUUGAAUAUGAUUUUGGAUGAUGGUGGUGAUUUGACAAAUUUGGUACAUGAGAAAUACCCACAAUUUUUGAAGGGCAUCAAGGGUUUGUCCGAGGAAACCACCACAGGUGUGCACAAUUUGUAUAAGAUGUUCAGAGAGGGUCGUUUGGGUGUACCAGCAAUCAAUGUCAACGACUCUGUUACCAAGAGCAAAUUUGAUAACUUGUAUGGCUGCCGUGAAUCUCUUAUCGAUGGCAUUAAACGCGCCACCGAUGUCAUGAUUGCUGGCAAAGUUUGUGUUGUUGCCGGCUAUGGUGAUGUAGGCAAGGGGUGUGCCCAAGCUUUGAAAGGCUUUGGAGGUCGUGUUAUCAUCACCGAAAUCGAUCCCAUCAAUGCCUUGCAAGCCGCUAUGGAAGGCUAUGAAGUUACCACCAUGGAAGAGGCCAGCAAGGAAGCCACCAUCUUUGUUACCACCACCGGCUGCAUUGACAUUAUCCGUGGUGAACAUUUCCUGAAUAUGAAUGAUGAUGCUGUUGUUUGCAACAUUGGUCAUUUCGAUUGUGAAAUCGAUGUGACCUGGCUCAAUACCAAUGCUGUGGAGAAAGUGAAUGUCAAGCCCCAAGUUGAUCGUUAUACCCUGCCCAAUGGUCGCCAUAUUAUUGUCUUGGCCGAAGGACGUUUGGUUAAUCUUGGCUGUGCCCAUGGCCAUCCCAGUUUUGUUAUGUCCAAUUCCUUUACCAAUCAAGUUUUGGCUCAAAUCGAAUUGUGGACCAAAUCGGGACAAUAUGCUGUUGGUGUACAUGUUUUGCCUAAGCUCUUGGACGAAGAAGUUGCCAGUCUGCAUUUGGAGAAAUUGGGUGUAAAAUUGACCAAGUUGACGGACAAGCAGGCCAAAUAUUUGGGCAUUCCUCAAACUGGUCCCUUCAAACCUGAUCAUUAUAGAUACUAGAUUUAUGCAGAUAUUGUUUUAGUUUUAUUUUGGAAAUUUUUAUUUUUUAAAAGUUUUUUUUCUUUUGCAGCUGGCAAUUCUUUUCUUUUAAGUGAAAAAAAAUAUACAACAAUAAAAUAUUUGGAAACUAUA